AUGUUACGAGUAGGACUACAACGAGUCGCCAGAGGCACAGCCCAAGUGGUGAGUGGGAGUGCCCUCGUGGCGACAACCGGUGUCGCUGCUUAUGUUUCAACAGAACAAGGAAGAGGGAUGCGCCGAGAAUUGCUCUUUUGGAAGGGUGUGGCCCCAGUGGUGUUCGAUUACUACUGGAAUUUUGCCAGUAGCAGUCCCUAUGUCAAGUAUCAGAAAUAUUUGGAGCAGCAAGGUGACAAGGAAGUAAAUGAACAAGAAUCUAAAAAACUGCAAGAGCUUCAUGAACGACAUGCUCCGGAAAUUCUCAAUGUGCUGCUGGAACUCAAGGGACUCUAUGUCAAACUGGGCCAAGUGUUGUCCGUGACGACGCUGCCUAUCCCUGAAAGCUACAGGAGCAAGUUCAGAACCUUGCAGUCAGAUGUUCCCGGUUGGGAGGCCUUUGAAGAAUCCGUCAAGCCAGUGCUGGAGCGUGAAUUGAACAGACCAAUAGAAGAAAUUUUUGAAUCCAUCGAUCCGGUGCCUUGUGGAGCCGCUUCCAUCGGACAAGCGCACAAGGCUGUUCUACGUGCCAAUGACAACGACAACAACGUUGAUGAUGACGAAGACAGACAAGUCAUUAUCAAAAUUCAAUAUCCAGAUGCCUCGUGGCAGAUUCCCGCGGAUAUUCAAUGCGUGGGAGAUUUCCUCAAGAUUUGCGUCUUUUUCGGCGUCGUGGAUGAAAGUGCUGCCAACUUGAGCUUCAACGAGUUCAGCCGACAAUUCAUUGCCGAACUGGAUUAUGAUCAGGAGCGCAGGAAUCUGCAAGACAUUUAUCAAUCCUCGUUGGAUCCAAAAGCACCCUAUCAAAGGCGCGGUGUGGUGGUGCCUCAGGUCUACCCGGAAUUAUGCACCUCAAAGAUCAUUACCAUGACAUAUUUGCCAGGUCCCAAACUCGAGGAAGAAGCUAGACGGCAGCUGCAGGCAUUGGGAAUUGAUACCAAGAAGGGACUGCGAAGCCUUGUGCGAACUUCUGCCGACACCAAUAGUCAAAAGGCCAAUGAGCAGGCAUUUGCCAAUGGCAAUCAAUCUGCAAGGGAUGUAAAUGACGAUACUUUGGAAAACGAUCCAGAAACUGAAUCAACGCAAUCGCAAAACGAUGCAGAUUCGUCAACACUAGCCAGUCAAGGCAGCUGGCAACGAACAGCCGCACAAAUUGGGAGCAAGCUGGUCAGUGUGAAUUCAUUGCUGGGAACCGUGCGCAUGGCUCGUCGAGUGCAGCUGUGGUGUACUGUAUUGUCAGUGAAAUCCAUUGAUAUCUUGUCCGAAACACCGCUGCUAGGAUCAAUGGUACCUUCCAGCCUUCACACUUGGGCCGAGGAUCACAGUACUGCCUCGAAGCAAUCAGAGCGCAUGGCUCUUACAAAGGAGUGGAUCGAUGCUCUUUUUGAUGUUCACGGUCAUCAAAUCUUCAACCUGGGGUGUUUCAACGCCGAUGCGCAUCCAGGCAAUAUUCUAGUCGUGGAGGAUGAGAAUUCAUCAAAGCCCAAGCUUGGUCUGAUAGAUUUUGGACAGUGCCGUCGAUUGACCCGACGAGAACAGGCUCAAGUGGCAAGGCUAUUGGUCAGUGUUGCAAACAACGAGCCGGAUGAAGUAAUUGCGGCAGCAUUUCGCGACAUGGGCAUUCAGACCAAGAAUGACUCCACGGAGUUCCUUUCCAAGUUCGCCAAGCUCAUGUUUGGUCCUCUCCAGAGCUACCAUCUGGACCACGCAUGGCACAAGGAACUACACAAACAGGACGGCGUCACAUAUUUCCCGAAUCAACUUAGCCUCGUUUACAGGACGAGCAUGUUGCUGAGGGGAUUGGCUGUUUCACUGCAGUUCAACGUAUCCGUGGGAGACUUGUGGAAGGAACAGGCUCUGGAGGCGUUGGACAGAUACGAUUCCACCUUGACAGUCGAGGAAGCAUAUGAAAUGGCGCCCGUUGCGUCUCACCCUGCCAGGAAGGGAGUACUCGUGAUAAGAAGAGAGACUGCGAAAGAACUUGUCCAGGAUAUGCAGGAGUCAACUGUAGCAAGCAGGUAA